CUUCCUCAUCAAAGAGUAGAGUUGUUUUCACGCGUGGUUGUUGUGUCUCCUUAUUUUAUUAUUAAAAAAUAGGUCACACAACCCACCUUUCAUUCGUGAAUAAACUCUUCUAAAGUUUAUAAAGUCUUAAAAAAAAUAUAAAAAAUCUAAAAAAAAAAAUAUAAAAAAUAAUAAAAUCCAAAAAAAUAACUUAAAAUAAUUAAAACCAAAAAAAUCGCAAAACGUAGAACGUAAAAUAAAUAAAGUAAUAAUAAUAAAUCUGCGAACAACAACUCAGUGGACAAGAAAAAACGUAAGUAGUAACGUUAUUUAAGUAACAAGAAAAAAAGGCCGUGUAAGUGUAGUACGACGACGUUAAUAAUUGGUAAAUAGAUAUAUAUAUAUAUAUAUAUCAAUAAUAAUAAUAAUAAUUAAUAUUAUUAUUGCUAUCACCAUUAAGAGUGGAAAAAAUAUAAGUGUGCUUGUGGAAUUAUUUGUUGGGGAAAAAUCAGCAAAUCAGGAAAAGGCGAUUCAACACGAGCCAUAUUGAAGCAUCGAAUAUAGACGAGAAGAGGCCAUUUUUUUUUCUCCCACCAGUCACCGAGUCAUUCAGUUCCGCUUAGAACUCGGCAUAACCAACAUCGUUGACUGCUAACGUGGUUAGGACCGUUACUGUUUUUUUUUAACCUUUAUUAUUUAUUAUUACAUUUAUUUUCACGUUGAUAAGAAGAAAUAAAAAAGGAUCACGAUGAAUCCUGGUGCACCGAAUUACCCAAUGGCAUCGCUCUACGUCGGAGACUUGCAGUCGGAUAUUACUGAAGCAAUGCUGUUUGAAAAAUUCUCAUCUGCUGGUCCUGUUUUGUCUAUUCGCGUAUGUCGCGAUGUUAUUACUCGACGUUCUCUUGGCUACGCCUACGUUAAUUUUCAACAGCCUGCUGAUGCCGAACGUGCAUUGGACACUAUGAACUUUGAUAUGCUUAAAGGACGGCCUAUUAGAAUAAUGUGGUCGCAACGUGAUCCGUCUCUCCGUAAGUCCGGAGUUGGAAAUGUCUUUAUCAAGAACUUGGACCGUAGCAUUGAUAACAAGGCUAUGUACGAUACUUUCUCAGCGUUUGGUAAUAUUCUCAGCUGUAAAGUCGCUCAAGACGAGACUGGCGAGUCCAAGGGUUAUGGAUUCGUGCAUUUUGAAACUGAGGAAGCUGCUAAUAAAUCUAUUGACAAGGUCAACGGUAUGCUGUUGAACGGCAAAAAGGUCUACGUUGGCAAAUUCAUCCCACGCAAAGAGCGCGAAAAGGAAUUGGGCGAGAAAGCAAAACUCUUCACCAACGUUUACGUGAAGAACUUCGGUGAAGACAUGACUGAUGAAAAAUUACGGGAGAUGUUUGAAAAAUACGGAACCAUAACUAGCCACAAAGUUAUGUCUAAGGACGACGGCAAAUCGCGAGGAUUUGGAUUCGUCGCCUUUGAAGAUCCCGAUGCAGCCGAGGAAGCCGUAAUCGAGCUGAACGGCAAAGAAAUUGCCGAGGGUAAAUACAUGUACGUCGGUCGCGCCCAGAAGAAAGCCGAGCGUCAGCAGGAGCUGAAACGCAAGUUCGAGCAGCUGAAAAUCGAGCGACUGAAUCGUUACCAAGGAGUCAAUCUCUACGUUAAGAAUCUCGACGACACCAUCGACGAUGAGCGCUUGCGCAAGGAGUUUACGCCUUUCGGAACCAUAACUUCCGCAAAGGUAAUGUUGGAAGACGGGCGCAGCAAGGGCUUUGGGUUCGUGUGCUUCUCGGCUCCGGAAGAAGCCACCAAGGCCGUGACCGAGAUGAACGGCCGGAUCGUCGGAACCAAGCCACUGUACGUGGCUCUUGCCCAGCGAAAGGACGAGCGCAAAGCUCACCUGGCUUCGCAGUACAUCCAACGGAUGUCUAACCUCAGGAUGCAGCAAAUGGGACCAAUGUACCAGGCUGGAGGCGCUGGAAGCUUCUUUGUGCCAACUUUGCCCCAACCUCAACGCUUCUACGGGCCCGCCCAGAUGGCCCAAGUACGCACGACUCCUCGCUGGCAAGCUCAGCCAAACCAAGUGCGCCCCAACGCCCAAGCCGGCAGCACCGGGUUCGCCACCAUGCAAGCUCCGUUCCGCGCAACUCCUCGCGCCGCCACUGCCCAAGCCGGUGCGAUGAGGAACGCCAUCUCCGCGAGACCCAUCACUGGGCAGCAGCAGCAGGUCGCUGGAGCCAACAUCCAAGGACGCUCCAUCAGCGGAACCAACGUCGGAGUUGCUCAGACUCAGAGUCGGCCUCCGAACUUCAAGUACAACAUCAACGUUCGCAACCCACCCCAGCCCAUGCAGAUGCCCCAGCCGGCUCCGGUUCAGCAAGCUGUCCACAUCCAGGGUCAGGAACCCCUCACUGCUUCCAUGCUGGCUGCUGCUCUUCCUCAAGAACAGAAGCAAAUGCUGGGUGAAAGACUUUUCCCGCUUAUCCAGAUGAUGUACCCGCAGCUCACCGGUAAGAUUACUGGCAUGUUGCUCGAGAUUGAUAAUUCUGAGUUGUUGCACAUGUUGGAGCACAGCGAAUCGCUCAAGGCUAAAGUCGAGGAAGCCGUCGCCGUGCUACAGGCUCAUCAGGCCAAGCAAGCCGUCAAGAAGGACUAAGGUCCACGCAACUUCGUUGCUGAAUAAUAAUAAUAAU